UUCUUCACUUCACUUGUUUCAAACAUCUCCCAUGUUGUCACCUUCCUCCAAACCCUAACCCUAAUUCUCAUCAAUGACAAAUCCAAGAACCCUCUUCACCAUUCAAUCUCCAACAAAUGCAUCUUUUUCUUCCCAUUUUACCCUCAAGAAACCUUCAAAAUCACAACAACAACCACCAGUCUAUAAGAAGUUCACUUUUAGAGUUCUUUGUUCCUCUCAACCUUCAAGAACCCCACAGAAUUCAAAUCUAAUUUCUACCCUUGUCAAGAUUCUACGCGUAGUACCGGAUUGGGCUGACAAAAUUCAAGAAGGGGGUAUGAGAAAAAAGAGAUCUUUAUACAAGCAUGAGACUUGGGUGCAACAUAGAAGUUCUUUAAGGCAUCUUAGGCAUUUGUUUUCGAGCAUCAAUUCGCGGGUUGUUUUGUCGUUGAUUCCUCCUGUUAUAGCUUUUACUUCAUUUGCAUUUGUGAUUGCUUGUUAUAAUUCAGCAGUUUCAUUGCAUUGGUUGCCUGAGUUUUUCCCUAUCUUGAGAGCUAGUCCACAGCCUUAUCAGUUGACAGCUCCAGCUCUGGCGCUUUUAUUGGUGUUUAGGACGGAGGCGUCUUACUCGAGGUUCGAAGCAGGGAAGAAGGCUUGGACUAAAGUGAUUGCUGGAACUAAUGAUUUUGCUAGGCAGGUCAUUGCUUGUGUUGAUAAGAGGGAUGAUGUGCUCAAAGAGGCACUUUUGCAGUAUAUCAUGGCAUUUCCAGUUGCCUUAAAGUGCCACAUAGUAUAUGACUCGGAUAUAGCAAGUGAUCUCAAAAACUUACUCGAGGCUGAUGAUCUAGCAUUAGUUGUCAGUUCUAAGCAUCGCCCUCGUUGCAUCAUUGGAUUCAUCUCUCAGAGCCUUCAGUCGUUAAACUUGGAGGGGACAAUACUGAGUCAACUGGAGUCAAAGAUUACUUGUUUCCAUGAAGGUAUUGGUGUAUGUGAACAACUCUUGGGCAUACCUAUUCCCCUUUCAUACACUCGAUUGACGUCAAGGUUCUUAGUCCUUUGGCAUCUAACUCUUCCUAUUAUACUUUGGGAUGAUUGCCACUGGAUUGUGGUUCCAGCAACUUUCAUAAGUGCGGCUUCCUUAUUCUGCAUCGAAGAGGUUGGUGUCCUUAUUGAGGAGCCAUUUCCAAUGCUUGCACUCGAUGAGCUCUGUCAGCGCGUUCAUGACAACAUCCACGAAGCAAUGGCAAACGAAAAGCAGAUUCAAGAAAUAGUAAACAGCAAAAGAAAGAGAAGUUUUAGUGAACACUCUCCAAAUGGUUGGCCAACCUCAUAGGAUGACUAGAAAUUACGCCUUAAACGAAAGACUGAAGUAUUCUCUAUCAUGACUUCAGCAACUGUACAUAAAGAGGGAAUGUCCCAUAUAUGAAUGUUGUUUCAAUACCUGGGGAAAACAAGAGAAGA